AUGGAAAAGGGAAAUCUUGAGGAGACUAGGGCCCAAGAUCUCCACCGCACAGACACUCUCGUGACCCACCUUACCACUAAUCCUUCCGAUGCACGCACUCUUUUCUAUGAGGGGAAAAAGACCGCCAGUUCUAGCACUGAGGAGUGUCCCUCUGGCAGGGACAAAGGGGACAUCCAUCGAAUCUUGUUGAAGCUGAUCUUCGAGAAGGACUCCGAAUAUUCAGCGUUAUACGCUGAGGACCUGAAAAAAUUCGAUGUAUCAGUGGGCAACCGCUGCACUGCGAAGUUAUUUAGGGAUCACCACGAUAAGUUCAAUAAGACCAGCACUGGCGUCACCCUGCUUGACGAACACGCGGCCGCCAAUCUUCACAAACAAGUAUUACUUGAGUUCCCUUGGUACGACCAGCUCCACCCAUUCCUCUUCUCCAAUCCAACAAUCAGCGCAAAGAUUUUCACCUCCCAGCCGGGAGUUGACCACGCCGCAGAUUACUACUCACUCGUUCGUCCAUGUGGGGGGGCUGGUCCCUCUACAAACCCACCCGGUCCUCAGCUCCCUCAGCUCCCUCAGCUCCAUCCUCAAAACCCUCAGCCCCCUCCCCCAGACCCUCAGCUCCCUCUCUGGAGCCCACCUGACACUAGCGCUCAGCGCACUCCUCCAAGCAUUCAGCCCGGUCCCACGGGCGCUCAGCACACCCCUCCAAGUACUCUGCAUCCCCCCCCUCCUCAUUUUUCCGGCACUGGGGGCAGUCCAAUCGAUGAUCCAGAUGGUGACCUCGACGACGACCCCCAUGCCGACAACAAUGGUCCUUUUUUUGCCCCCCUUGGCAAUGCACUGGGAUGGAGCUUGACCCCUCCCGUCGUUGUAUCAUUAGCCUUGAUAGUCCCCCCAAGUCGGUGGGACAGAAGCGGCCAUACACAGCUUCUCCUUCUCCCCCUCCCGUGGAAAGAAAAACACCUUCCUUCUCCCGCAGAAGCCCCAGACGCUGACAUACCACAGUUGCAAGGCAUUUGGCUCUGCCUCCCCUGGUGGCCAGGUGCCACGGAUAUCGCGCAGCCAUUCCACUCCCUUGUCCACGGCGUCUUCGUCCUUCAUAUCGACCGACUAUUGUGUUUCACCAACGGCAUCCCAGACAUCGCUGUCUGCGAAGCCACGGAGCUCGGCCAGCUCGAAGAAGAAACCGACAUCUCCGAGCGCCGGGAGUCGAGGAAUGAGCACUAUGCCAUCAAGAUGAACUAUCAAGCCCAGAAGAAGGAUCUUCAGUGGCGCCGUGAAAAUCUUUCACACAAAGUCCUCAUUUCGGCCACCACGCAUCAACGUGAGCAGAAGGCCAAGGACAAGGAGAUUCUGCACCUUCAGGCUGCAGCUGCCCUGCAGGAAAGGGAGGCUGAGACCUGGCGCCUUAAGAUCCAAUAUGAGAUGAUGAUCCGUGCCGCAGGUGCCGGUCCCUCAUCCUCGUCACCAUCAGUCUGA